UUUGUGUGCGCGCGUGAUGGGCGUGUUGUCUUUGAAUCUGCCACCGGGGUUCAGGUUUAGUCCGACGGAGGAGGAGCUCAUCAACUGCUUCUUGAGGCCAAAGAUCAACGGGAAUGAUGAACAAGUUUACUUUAUUCCCGAAGUCCACUUCUUUAAAUGGGAACCCUGGGAUUUGCCAGAUUUAUCCGGCAUAAAGACGAAGGAUCUAGAGUGGUUCUUCUUCUCACCACAGGACCUGAAGCAUCAGAAUGGGAAUCGGUUGAACAGGGCAACCAAUGCUGGGUACUGGAAAGUGACCGGUAAGGAUCGGGAAAUCAAGUCUGAAGCAAGCUUGAUCGGAAAGAAAAAGGUUCUGGUAUUCUAUAAAGGCCGUAUGCCAACGGGCGAAAAGACCGAUUGGGUAAUGCACGAGUACCACAAAGCCCCCGGCACAAACCCCGGUCAGAACACCUUUGUCCUCUGUCGUUUAUUCGAUAAACAUAAAAAGAGUGUCAAAGGACCAAAAUUGAAUAAACCUGGAUCUGCCGUUUCAUCUUCUACCUCGUCCAAAUCUUCUCUUGAAGAAGCAAAGUCGAAACUAGCAGUGGCUUCGGAGCAAGCUGAAGAUUAUCGAACAAUUGAUGAGUGUUUUGAUACUGAAGAUUCUGAUAGAACCGAAUCUGACACUAGAGCACCUGUUGAGGGUGGUGACAACAAUUUUAAUGCUUCCGCUGCAGAGAAUCAAGUGGCACAAGUUAUAGAUACUGAGGUUGAUCUGCAAGUGGAGGAAGAACUACAAAUGCUGCAAAAUCCACUAGAUUACAACCCUUUGACCCCCUUAACUUCACUCCUCAAAUCUUCUCCUGAAGAAGAAGCAGAGUUUAAGUACACUGCAAAAAAUCCAGUGGCCGAAGCAACGGCGGGCGAGGUUGAUUUGCAGGUGGAGGUAGACUCGAAUAUGUCCUACGUCCCACCAGAGCCACUAGAUUGGAGCUUGCUCUCCCCGGUACACUCGCAGAUGCAAAAUGAGUUGGGUCCUUUUUGCAUGUCUGACCCUGUCACCAAUGACUUAAACAACAAUCAUGGUGUGGUGUGUUUUCAAUAUGGCACAAAUGAUGGAGCUGCCUAUAUCUCUCAGUUCUGCGAUCGAGAUGAGUACUUUCAUAACUAUGCCAGCAGUCAAAAGAAUCUCGAUUUUGACGGUGAGACCUGGAAACAUAAAACACUCACGAAAACACAUUAACAAAGAGCCCAUCUUUGAUAGGAUAGGAUAGCAAUGAAUAUAAGACAUAGCCAGUAUAAGCCUGCUUUCUUAAGGACAAGUCCGUCCCAUUGAUAGAGUUAUUCAAUUUGCUGAUAAAUUUCCUGAUGUUAUCACCGAUAAAACUCAACUCCAAAGAUUUUUCGGGUCAUUAAAUUACAUUGCUGACUUCUACAAAGAUAUGAGGAAAUAUUGCAAACCCUAGGUUGCAAAGUAAUCCUCCUCCUUGGACUGAUAUUCAUACUUCAUUAGUCAAGGAGAUUAAAACUCUACCCUGUUUAGGUAUUUCCAUUGAUAAUGUUUUCAAAAUUGUUGAAACUAAUGCCUUUGAAAUUGUUGAAACUGAUGCCCAAAACCCCAUUUAUUAAACACGAGCAAGCAUCCGCCUAUGUUCGUGUUCCCCAUUUCCAACACCUAUUUUUUUGUUGAGAUUAAUUGUGCUUCUAUUAAGGACCCAUCCCAAUUAGCACUUUCCUAUUUCCCUCCUCGCUUUCAUUGGGCUUUUGAACAUCUUUUGAAAGAUCUCUCCUAUUAUACCAAUAUUUUGUUGCAGACUGGUUCUAAAGCUUCUUUAUCAUAGUGUCUAUUUUGAUAAAAUUAUUUCUGAAAAAGAUUGGGGUGACCACCCUUCCAAGCUUAGAAAACUCUCCAAUAUUGAUAUUCCCUUUACUACUUUGAUUAUAUUGAAGCCUGGUUUAAAAUUCAAGUUAUUCCAGACACCCAAAUUUGACCACUCUUGGUUUGUUAAAUUUGAUGAACAAUUUGAGGGAAUAUUGAAAACCUUGAGGCAUGGUAGAAAGAAUUAGACGUUGAAUUAGACUAUAAGCAGAGAAUUAGAGAGAUCCUGACCAUGAGGCAUGGUAGAAAGAAGAUAUCAACGGGGAAAUUGCUAAUCAAGUAUAAUUUCUUCCUCGAGAGAUUGUUCGCCCUAAAUUCAACAGCAAGUUGAAAACCAUAAGCAGAGAAAUUAGACAGAUCCUGACCAUGAGGCAUGGUAGAAAGAAGAUAUCGGCAGGAAAAUUGCUAAUCUAGUAUAAUUGCUUCCUCGAGAGAUCUUUUAAAAAUUUCAACAGCAGGUUGAAAAAGCCAUAAGCUGAGAAUUAAAAAGAUUCUGACCAUGAGGCAUGGUAGAAAGAAGAUAUCGACAUGGAAAUUGCCAAUCAAGAAGAAUUGCUUCCUCGAGAUAUCUUUCAAACAUGUCAACAGCAAGUUGAAAACCAUAUACAAAAUUAAACCAUAAGCAGAAGAUUAGACAGAUCCUGACCAUGAGGCAUGGUAGGAAGAAGAUAUCGAUGGGAAAAUUGCUAAUCAAGUAGAAUUGCUUCCUCAAGAUAUCUUUCAAAAAUUACAACAGCAGGUUGAAAACCAUAAGCAGAAGAUUAGACAGCUCCUGACCAUGAGACAUUGUAGAAAGAAGAUAUUGAUACGGAAAUUGCUAAUCAGGUAAUUUUCUAAUGAUCAAGAUGAUGCUCAUCUGCAUGGUAAAAACUAUAGGUAGGGUAUUUCACAUUCUGGAUAUCAAUUUCGGUUGUAUGCAUGUAAUCGCAACUGUUCUGAAUCUGCAAGAGAUAUACAUUGUGAUUUUAUAUAUUACUGUUAUUAUUA